AAAAAAGAACGUCCUUCUUCCAGCAAACGACACAUUUAAUGUUAUUGCGCCUCGCCGUCCACCUCUCUCAUAUUUAGUCUGGGACCGUCUCUCCAUCUACUAUCUACUACCUCUGAUUAGCCUCUACCAUACACAGCCAAGAUGAUGCACCCGGCGCGGCAAGCCUAUGUCGAGGAAGCCGCCGACGAUGACGCGGGCAUCGAUCUGGCAGACCUCCCCAUCGACCGCGACUAUGACCUGCCCGCCGCAGCCGCCGGCAUCGCCCCCGAGCGCGCCUCAGCGCUCCUCUCACAAUUCGCACGCAAACGCCGCGCCGCCGCCAUUGUCGUGCCCACAGACGACAACCGCGUGCGUCUUCGUCUACGCGAACUCGACGAGCCCAUCACCCUCUUCGGCGAAGGACCCGCGGAUCGCCGAGACCGAUUGCGCGAGCUCCUCACCACCCUAGAGGAGCAGCGCAAUGGCGAGGAUGUAGAGAUGCUAGACGAAGCCGCCGAGACAGAAGCCGCCGACGACGAGGAGGAAGCAGAGGUGCAGGAAGAGUUUUACACUGAGGGAUCUCCCGAGUUACUGGAUGCGCGGAGGAACAUCGCUUUAUAUUCCCUGCCCAGAGCAAAAGCGCGGGUAGCUGAGCAGAUGGAGCAGUCGAAGAUACAGUUACGAACGCAUAUCAAGCAUCGAAAAGCGGUGAAGGAGAAAAUCCAGGGCUUUGAGCUUUUUGGCUCGCAGAACGUGUCGGCUAAGAAAGAGGAGAAUAGGCCCAUUGGUAUCACCCGGUUUGCGCCGGAUGGACAGACGCUUGCGACGGGAGAUUGGGCGGGGAAAGUGAAAUUGUGGUCGGUGCCGAAUCUCGAUGAGAAGAUGUGUUAUCAGGGCCAUGCUGGUCUAGUUAGUGGGUUGUCGUGGUUUCCUGGCGCGACGUUGCCCGGUUCGAAUGUGUCGGAGUCCGCGGUGAAUUUGGCUAUUAACCUUUGGUCAUUGGAUAAGAAAGAGCCGUUAUCGACGCUGUCUGGCCAUACAGGCCGGGUUUGUCGAGUCGAGUUUCACCCCUCAGGGCGGUAUUUGGCAUCGGCUUCGUAUGAUACGACGUGGCGGUUAUGGGAUGUUGAGACGACGACGGAGUUGCUUCUACAAGAAGGCCAUUCGAGCGAGGUCUAUGCUGUGUCCUUUAAUUCAGAUGGGUCUCUUUUGGCGAGUGGUGGUCUAGACAGCUACGGGCGGAUCUGGGACUUGCGCACAGGCCGGACGGUCAUGGUUCUCCAGGGCCAUAUCCGCGAGAUCUACGGCGUGGACUGGGGGGUUGAUGGCUACCGAGUCCUAACGGGCUCUGGCGACGGCUGGGUGAAAUGCUGGGAUCUGCGUAAAGUGGAUUGCAGCGGCAGCAUAGGCGCGCACAAGAGCGUCGUCUCGGACGUGCGAUGGUACAAAGGCGGCGACGCAUCAUAUCUCCCAUCAACAUCGGCAGAAAAUGGCGACGAGAUGGUCACAGACGAGUCUAAUACACCGCCACAACCUCGAAAGGCGGGCACGUUCUUUGUCAGCUCCGGCUUUGAUAAAAACGUGAAUAUAUUUAGUGCCGAUGACUGGUCCAUGAUAAAAUCGUUGACGGGCCAUUCGGGCAAUGUGCUCAGUGUGGACGUUAGUAAUGACGCUAGAUGGAUUGCUAGUGCAAGUCAUGACCGAACUAUCAAACUUUGGGGUAUUGAAUAGAUUCAUAUCAGCAUGGAUUUUACGCUUUACGCCUUCUUUUCAAUCACCCCAUAGUGGUACUAGAUAUACUACAUGGUACUAGCAAAAUGCUACACCAAAUCAUCGCUUCGAACAGCCACCAACGGCGUUUUCCCAAAGGACACCGGCCGGGUGCAGGUCAGUCGACUGAUGACUAUAUCAGGACUAUAUCGCCGUUGAGCCCAGCUUCGUUUUACACGACUAUAGCGUUAGAUAGCACAAUAUAGCUAGGGACAGAACUACUAAUGAUGUAAAGAUCUUUUUUUUUUGCAAAAAACUUACUAAAAC